AGAUUAAUGAUCAAAUGAAGAAAUGCAUAAAUCCAUAUCUUAUUAUCUAAUGUGAAAGGAAAGACUGAAACGCGCGAGAAUCCUUCGCCACGCCUCUGGAGACCGCCAUUGGACCAGUGGGUGGUGCCUACCUUACAAGUUGGUGAACCCGGACGUGAUCUCUCUACCUGCACGGGCGAGUGACGUCUUUCCGACGCGACUAUUCAGUUUUGGAUUCCCACAGAAAGAUAUGAGGUUUGAUCUCCUCCUCCCCUGUCUACAGCUGCUGUGGUUGACUGCAGCAAUCCCAUGGAGACCGGACGAGAGGAAAGUUUCUGGACCCACUUGCAUCAAGCUGGGUCAAAGGGUUUCACUCACACACACACUGGAAUGUGGGAGAUGGGUAUGGAAAUACACAAAGAGGCCAUCCACAUUUCUCAGUACACUUUCAACCAAAAAACUAGUCACGUGGCCUCCCGGAGUAGUACCGGAACCAAAUUGCGCAACAAAAAUUUGCUGUAAAGUAGGCUCCGACCAUCUCCCUAUAGUAAACAUUUCAGGUGACACACCCGCACCCACGUCUUUUCACAACAUAACAGCCUGGUAUCAACUUAAAGCAGAGCCAGGAGCAAAAAUUGGGAGCAUGCGCACUCUCUACGAGAAAACCAACAAUGGAUUAGAUCCUAAAAUUUGUUACUUAACCAAAGAUUUAGAGCCCGCAAUAUAUAGGUGCACACACACUGAGACAAUCAACAAUACACAUAUGAGUUAUACCGAAUAUAAAUUCGAUGUAACUUCAUAUGUACCUGAUAACAAUCAACCCGAAGCCUUUGUCUGGACUAGCCGGAGAGAAGGCAUGUAUUGCGUGGGAAGAUGUGUCAAUGACCCAGAUAAUUACACUGGGCCACAGAAUUGCACAUGGACAAUGAAUCAUUGCUUUAAUUUAACCACCUGUGGAUAUAGCAAACCAAAGAAAUGUCCGAAACUGUAUCCUAUUCCUCCUGGUGGAUUGAUAAAAGGGAAUGUUAACAAGACAUUAUUUCAUGAUGUAAAUCUAGUAAUGACACAUGUAUCAUACAAUAUUUCCAACAUUUUAUCUGCUUAUGUUAAUCACUGUGAUAACAAUGACAAGACAUAUGCAUGGCUACAGUCACGAAUCGAUGAUUUAAUUUCUGAUUACAAAAACAGACUUGCCGUGCAAAUCUCACCUGCACGCUCGAAACGAGAUCUGCUCGGAAACAUAGCAGGUCUCUUCGGCUCAGUUAAUUCCAUUGCCAACAACUACAAAAUAACUGAACAAUCACAAUACUCAACAUGGUUGGCAAACCAGGUGGCCACUGGUUUUCAGCAUAUCACAAAUAGCAAUGAGAAUAUCAUAAAGGCGGUUCGAUCCGAAGCGCAGGCGCUUCUUGCGAUCAGCCACACAUUAUUCAAUCAGACCCGUACCAUCGAACGUGACUUAGCCUGUAGGACAUAUGCACAAGAUCUAUUUACUGCUGCUAGACAAGAAAUCCUUGAUCUUCGUCUGUACAAGACACCUAGACAUGUUUUGAAUGACCUUAUAGAGAUCUUAGAUCUACAUAGGUGGUAUGAAUCAGAACAAAUGAAAAUUGUAAGAUAUUCUGAAUUACUAUCCACCAUAAUGAUGUUUACAGGAAAUGAAUGUAAUGGAUGUAUUGGGUUUUUCGUCAGUUUUCCUUUAAUACACCCAGAUCAGGUUUUUCCAAAUUCCACUACCAUACGCUCUAUGGGCGUGGUAGUGAAGGAUCAGGUAAUUAAAUGGGACCACCUUACUGGAUACAUGACACAAAAGGGUAAUGAGACUUUGUUUACCAGUCGCACAUGUUGCCAUGAAACGCACAAUUAUGUUAUCUGUACAUGUAACACAUUGCAACCUUUCUUCCCCAAUGACACCAAACUUAUAAAUGUUCAGUCGCUGCAUGGUUACUCUGAUGUUAUCCAGGUGUCACACUCACAGUGGUGCGUGGUCAGUGAGAUGAACUCUUUUACCUACGGAGGACUGACCUGCUCUGCUAAUCACUCGUUCUGCUUGGAAGUGACAGAAGACCUUUCGAUGGGUCAAGUCAACAUUUUAGGAAGAGUGCCACUGGACACAGAGACUUCACCAUGGUGGGAUGACACUUUCUAUGAGCAAGGUACCCAAGCUGUGGUUGACACGAUGGAGCUAACACAGAGACUGAUCCUGCAAACUGAAUACCACCUCAGCCAAGCGCAGGUUGAGAUCAACCUGGCACGAAAGACUGCACAACUGUUAUCCAGUUCAUCCACCCGGUCGGCACAGUACACAUACACCUGGUGGGACUGGGUGUUCCGGGGUUGUGCCAUUGGCAGUGCCCUGAUCUUCACCUUCACUAUGUUCCAGUGCUGCUACUUCAGGCACCUCAUCAGAUCUACACAGGAAUCCACACACGCUGCCCUUGCCCUCAGCCCACUGCAAAUACCCGUGUUCCAAAGACUGUAAAAAAAAAAAAAAAAAAAACUUUGAUUUGUCUGACCCCGUAGGUACCCUAUCACAAUUCGCCCACGGGGCCAAGCGGGGAAAUACUGUAAGAAUUUUGAUUGAUCCUGACCAAAAGGUCAGCCCUUCCUGAGAAACAGCAUGGACGCCCGAGAAUGCAGUGUGUGUGCCCUGUAGGUGCCUGAGGCAGCAGAACAUCAAAAGAGAACCUUUUGCAACACAACAACUUUCCUCCAGGACUCACGGCAGGGGACCAAGACCCCCAAAACACCCCUCUCGGGAACCAGAACUUUAUCUCGAUUACAGGAGACUCCCUGGAGAGUUACACUUGAUUUUCAAACACCACAUCUCCAUACAAAUGAUGGACCUGCAGACAAAUGUCUGACCCCUCUACCCCUCCUUUCCUUGUUACCUCCUCAAACACAGGACAGUUUACAGCACACCAGAUGAUUAUGUGUAAGAAAGGUCAUAUCAAAUGUAAAUAACAGUGGAAAAUAUUCAUGUUUCACUUCAUUACAAAGGUUUUAUCGCGACUGGUACACAGGUCUCAUUCUCACAUCAAUAAAACAAAUAGUAAAAGGUUUAAUAGAGUUAAGAAAACUUAACUCUACCCAAGGGGCGUACACCCCACUUCAAAUGUAUCCAGGACGAGGUGCCUCCCAUAGGUCUGUAAGAACCAAUCACUGCAAACUUCCAUUGAUAAAUAAUGUUUACAUAAUGUUUAUUCUAUCUGGGUAUAUAAGGAGAGCUGACAAACAUUUCAGGGAAUCUGUAACCAGAUAUCCCGCACAAUUACUGUGUGUCGUCUUUACCAGGUAUGAAAGGUUUUUAUAUUUCCUGUUCUAAUGUAAAUACUAUUGGUUUGUAUUUGUGUUAUAUUUUAUUGAACUUUGAAUUGGCUUGAAUUGUGAUUUUCUUACCUGGUUAAUAAAUUGUUAUGUUUGAUUUUAUUCUGUGUUGCUCAGUAAUUUUUGACACUGCAAGUAAUACCGUUGUAUCCGUAGUUACCGUAAGGACAGAAAUCAGGCUAGGAUCGGCCCAAAUCCCAGUUAGAUAGUGAAUAAUACAUCAGCUGAGGAUUUGUGAGAUACGACUAGCAAAUUGGCGUUAGUUUAAGUGUACUUAGAAGCGUGGAGGCUGUGUUUCCGUUUAGAGUAACAUUUCAGAUUACUCUAAAUAGGGUAAGUCUCAACCUCUGUUUGUUUCAAUAUUAUUCUAUUCAUUCAUUUUGAUUAGAAAUAAUUAUUGUAAUAAUUAAGUGUCACCUCUAAGGGGACUAAAUAAAGUAUGUUUAAAGUUGAGCACGCAGAGAGCGGCCGCUUAAGCGUAUAGUCUAACCUCUGGCAGCGACCAAUACUGAUUCGCUUAUGACCGUUGACCAGUAUAUUAAUUAUGAGGCCCGUACUAGGAUCAUGUGCGACUAUGAGAACCGAAUGAACGAGUGUAAUACCAGAGCUUUAUCAGAAUAAAUAAACAUCUAUCCAAAUUAUACUGUUAGUAAAAUAACAACCUAUGUAAAUAUUAAUUAUGUCUUAUUUAAUUGGAGUCAGAUAAGAGAUUAAUGAUCAAAUGAAGAAAUGCAUAAAUCCAUAUCUUAUUAUCUAAUGUGAAAGGAAAGACUGAAACGCGCGAGAAUCCUUCGCCACGCCUCUGGAGACCGCCAUUGGACCAGUGGGUGGUGCCUACCUUA